AUGCUUUUACGCCUAGCUCAAAUUUUCUUUUGGGGACUUCAGGUAUCUGCCUACCCACACAUGGUGGCCUUGCUUCCUCGCGAUCACGCCACAAUAUCAACACCUGCCAAACGAGGAGGGUGCAAUAUCGGUACAAGUGGACUUACAGAGAAGCAUUUCAAAUGGGCGCCAGCGGGGGAUGGAGAUUUGCGAUCGCCCUGUCCAGUCAUGAAUACGCUCGCCAACCACGAUUUCGUACCUCAUAGCGGUCGCAACAUCACUGAGCCAAUCCUAGUCAAAGCGUGCAAGGAGGCGUUCAACAUUUCUAAUUCCUUUGCUGCGAACAUUUUUAAAAAUGGAAUUGUGUCCAACCCUGCACCGAACGCCACUUUCUUCGACUUGGAUAUGCUUCAUCACACACACGGUGUCAUUGAACACGAUGGAAGCCUGUCUAGGCGGGAUGCCGUCUUCGACCCUACCAACCCAUUCGACGAAGGGACCUUUAGCAACCUGCUCAAAUAUUUCGGAAAUGCCACCACCUUUAACAUCGCUACUUUGGCCAAUGCGAGGUCUCGUCAGGCGUUCGAUAUGAGUUUGAUCAACCCCAAUUUCACUAUCACUGAAGGUGCUGUUCCUGUCAUCAUGGGAGAAAAUGCUAUGAUGAUAGCGAUUUGGGGCGGUCCUGAGACUCAAAUCGGCAAUCUGGAUUACUUCAAGUACUUUUUCCGAAAUGAGCGCAUUCCAGUUAAGCUCGGUUGGACGCCAAGCCAGGUCGAAAUCGGUGCCACUAUCGGCCAGAUUGUGCAGGAUCUGAUUAAGUUAAGUCCAGCUGACGUCCCACUUACUUAUUCUCCAGCGAGUGCUUGA